CACAGUCGCGGAGAGGACAGGCCAGAGGGAGGGAGUAGACGGAACAAACGGUGUCGGUCUCUAUUUUUCAACUAUUAUUUAGCCGCAGAAGUGAUUUGUUUUUUUCCUCCCCCCUUUGCUUUAAUUCCGGAACGAUUGCUCUGAGCCAUUUUUGUUCGACCCUGCUGCAAAAGCCUUUAUAGUGCAUACUUACCAGCUGUUUUUUUUAAUCAAAAAGGAGAAUUUCCACUAGAGAGAGGGGGGGGGAGAGAUGGUUUUCUACAAAGAGAGAGACAACGAGCGGCCGCCACUUUCUCGCCUUCUGCCGCAUCUCUAUCUGGGCGCUGAGAGCGACGUCACGCAGGACUGUCUCAGUGCCCAGGGCAUCUCCCAUGUGCUGAGUGUGAGCCGCUGCAGCCCGCAGCCCACCUUCCUGCCCUGCUCCCAGUAUCUGCGCAUCCCCAUUGACGACUCCCUCCGAGACGACCUGCUGCCCUGGAUCCCGGAGGCGCUGCGCUUCAUUGAUGGUGCCAUGUCCUCUGGUGGUUCAGUGCUGGUUCAUUGUGCUGCAGGAAUCUCCCGCUCCCCUGCUCUGGCUGUGGCUUACAUUAUGUAUAGUUUGGGAUUGGACCUUGACCAUGCAUACCGAUUUGUGAAAGAGCGAAGGCCCUCCAUUUCACCAAAUUUCAACUUCCUGGGUCAGCUGCAGCACUUUGAAGGCAGUCUCAGUCAAAAAGCCUCAGACGGGAGCCUUGUCAUCCAGCCGCUCAAACCUCUGGAUGCACACCAGCCAUGGGAAAUGAACAACACCAACCAUAGCUCCAAAGACCUGCUGACCGCCAGUCACGGCAUUAAGUAUCAGGGCAACUGUGUUCCCAGUGACUCUGCAGUGGCUGAGGAAGAGCGCAGUGAGAAUUUCUCCAACACAGAUAAAGAGGUGCAGGAAUAUUCCCAUUCCGGUAAAAUGGUGAAAACUCCGCAUUUGUCAGGAAACCUGCAGCAGGAGCUGAGAAAUUCUCUGCAGCUGACGCUUUCACUCUCUGGGAAACUUCGGAGCCUCAACCUCACACCUAACCAAAACCAAUGGGAAGUCCAAACGCCAUUUGAUACUCCAACCCCAAGUCCCUGUGAGCCAGCUAAACCACCACUAAAGCCCACUCAGCUACGACUCCCAAAUAGCCAUACAUCGUUGUCAGAGAAACGCAAAAGCCUCACCCUUUCCUUGUCCCCCCUGGGAGCCACUACACCCACCUACCAUCAGUCGACCCCCAAAGGCGACAACAGCACAGCUGCUGGCCGGCACCCACAGUGCACAGGUACUUCCAAAACUGUCCACAAGAGGGAGGUGGGAGUAGAGCUCGAGGCAAACGGGUGUAGCAGUAAACCAUUAGCUGACAAUGUCAACUCUACCCGGGCAAGGGCGAAGCAGAGAGAGCGGAGUUCAUCUCGCACUAAGUAUGCCAGGCCCACGGAGGGGAGAGCUCAGGGGAAGAAAGCCACCAGCAGGCCUACAACAGUGGAAAAAAGUGACGCUAAAUUGGCUCAAAACACGUACAGGGAUCUGAGCAGAGGCAAGGAAAGCAGGCAGCAUAGCACGGUGGUGGACCACCAGCCAGUGACGGAGGUCAAAGUAGCACCAUCUGUCACGGAGUCUGAGGAGAACCUGAUUGAGGACCAUGGCCUGCUGUCCCCUCUCAACCUGACCAUGAACAAACUUCUGGGCUGGGGAGAGAGGAUGCUGCUGGGGGUGCUGCUGAGCCCUCGCAUCAAAAUGGGACAGGCUGCUUUGCCAUACAGAUGUUGAUGAGGGAAGAUUUCACUGCUGAUAACUUAGGAAUAGGAGGAUACGAGAUAUUUUGAGUGGAAUAGUCAAAGAAAUUGCCAGUGUUGGUGAGAAUUGUGGAAAAGGUUUGCGGAGCCACUGUUCAGGAUGGGGAUAUUGUGCGUGUGUGUGUGGGUGGGUGGGUGUGUGUUUGCAUGUUGAAUGGGUGAGGCCCAUCAAAUGUACUGAACUGCAUGUAUAUUACACAUCUGUCCAUUACAUGUCAUUUUUAUUAUGAUUGUGAUGAUGAUGAUGAUUAUUAUUUGCUCAUCAGGAGCUCUGAAGGAUCACUUUGUGCAAUUCUGUUUUAUUUAUUGAUUUAUUCUUGAUGAGAAUGAGAACCACACAUUUACGCGUUUGAUGAUGGGGGAGAGUAUGCCUCCAAAACAAAUGCAUCAAUAUUUUUGAACAUUUUGAUUACCCGUCUAUUUAAUGAUAUUUGUCAUGUGUUUUGGUUUCUUGUUAUUUAUAAGAUGAAGAUAUUUUGGAAGGUAAUAUUUUGACACUAAGACUUGUAAUGAAAAGUGUUCAUUAAAAAUGAUGUUUUAAUCUGCUCUCAUC